AUGUUGAGAGGUUCAAGUGUCAGAACAAUCCAAGGUCUACAAAGCUCGCAAACUUUGCGGUUGGGUGCCAAAAGAAACCAGUCCGCUUGGGCAAAUCUCCAAGCUGCUCCAGCCGAUAAAAUUCUCGGUUUGACUGUGUUAUACAACAAGGAUACCAACCCAUCGAAAAUCAAUUUGGGUGUGGGUGCCUACAGAGACAACAACGGAAAGCCAUGGAUUCUUCCCUCUGUGAAGAAGGCCGAGGAAGUGCUGGCUAAGACUGAGGAGAGCAAGGAAUACGUUCCAAUUGUUGGUUCGCCUAAAUUUAACGAAUUGAUCAAAACGCUGCUGUACUCACACGACGACGCUGGAAAGCAGCUUUUGAAGGACGGACGUGUUCUCACCUCGCAAGGUAUCUCGGGAACUGGUUCUUUGAGAGUUUUGGGAGAGUUUGUGAGAACAUUCUACCCAACAUCGAAAAAAGUUCUUGUGCCAAACCCAACUUGGGCUAACCACGUCGCAAUUUUGGAAAAAGCCGGUCUCACCACUGAAAAAUACAAAUAUUACGAUUUCAAGACUAACGCAUUGGACGAGCAAGGAAUGCUCGCCGACUUGGCCGCUGCCGAGCCAGGUACCGUUGUUCUUCUCCACGCUUGUUGCCACAACCCUACCGGUGUUGAUCCAAAGUUGGAGCAGUGGGACAAGAUUUUGGACGUGAUCUCUGAGAAGAAGCUGUUGCCAUUCUUGGACAUGGCCUACCAAGGAUUUGGCUCUGGUUCUCCAAUUGAGGACCUGGGCAUUUUGUUCAAGUUCAACAAGGCCGUUGCUGACGGAAAGCUGUCCAACUUUGUUCUUUCUCAAUCUUUUGCCAAGAACAUGGGUCUUUACGGAGAGAGAGUUGGUUCUUUGUCGCUGAUCACUUCUGGUCCAGAAGAGACUGUGAGAGUCAAGUCCCAGCUCGAGAAGGUUAUUAGACCAUUGUACUCCUCUCCACCAUCCCACGGAUCCAAGUUGGUUGAGAUCAUUCUCUCUGACGAGGCUAUUUACCAACAAUGGCUCAAAGACGUCAAGGUCAUGGCCGACAGACUUAUUGAGAUGAGAGCCCUGUUGUACGAUAAACUGAAGAACACAUACAAGAACCCAUUGAACUGGGAUCAUCUCCUAAACCAGAAAGGUAUGUUCUGCUACACUGGUUUGAGCGAGGAGCAAGUCAAGAAACUGAUUGACAAGUCCGUUUACCUCACUUCCGACGGUAGAAUCUCCAUUGCAGGUAUCUACCCGGCCAACGUUGACUACCUGGCAAAGGCCAUCCACGAAGUCACCACCAACUAA